UUGACAUGAGAAGGUUAGAUGACUGCAAAUAAGAUAAGAUUUAUUUAUUUACAAGCAUGGAAUCUACGGAGCCAGCAGCUAAAAACCAAGAAGUAGAAAAUUUCAAUCAAUUUCAAAAAACUUUGAAAUAUUUUUAAUGUAACGGGAUAACGGUGCCUUGUUUAACUUGUAUGAGACACUGUACGUUGUAUUGCCGUACAUGCGCAUACAACCGGUCCCAUAUCGCAACACUGCCUCAAGAUCUAUUCUUGGGUUAGGACUUCAUAUUUUCCAAAACCAAGGCUGAAGCAAGAAAAAAAAAGUGACCCUGUACAAGACGAGUUGAAGCAGUGAAAUUAAAUGAUGCACCAAUUUUUUUAUAAAGAAACUAAUUCAAUUACUAGAUACAUAUGGGAAAACACUCGCAAAAGACAAGGAAUAGCUCAUGAUCCAGGAAUACCUAAAUUCUUUGAUUUGGAUAAAGAGAAGAAAGAAUGGAUUUACAUAAUGAGAAGAUGCAUGCAGGAGGUGAUACCCAAUAUCUUCCUCGGCCCAUACAGUGUUGCUAGUCGCUCCAAAUUGCAAUCUUUGCUAGAUCAUGGAAUAACACAUAUAAUCUGCGUCAGGCAUACCAUUGAAGCCAAUUUUAUAAAACCCAAUUUUCCUGAUAACUUCAAAUAUCUCGUCCUGAACAUUGCUGAUACAGAGAUGGAAAAUAUUAUUCAACAUUUCCAGAAAGUGAAAGCAUUCAUUGACGAAAGCUUACAUUUAGGUGGUCGAGUUCUUAUUCAUGGAAAUGCUGGUAUUUCAAGAUCUGCAGCAUUGGUUUUGGCAUAUAUUAUGGAAACAUAUGAACUUUCACUUGAGCGUGCAUAUUGUGUAUUACUGCGGCGAAGAUUCUGUAUAAAUCCAAAUGAGGGCUUUUUAACGCAACUAAGAGAGUACGAGCCUCUUUACCAAGCGCGCAAGGCAACACAAAUUCAACAGAGCUCAGAUCAAUGUAAUAAACGAACGAUCUCUCAAAUGGACAUCGACAUGAACGAUUCAGAGGAAGACAAAAUCAAGAGUAUAAAGACAUGAUAAUACUGAUGAUUGGGGGGGAGAAAACGCAAAUUAUCAAAUACUCAGAUAUAACAAAUACAAGUUUUCUUUUUAAGUUAUGCACUUCUUGCACUUGCACUUCAAUUCUCAAUUUUUUCAAUUUUUUUUCCUAUAACUGAAUAUAAUUUAAAAAACCAGAAAAACUAUUUUUAUAAUGAGCUGUUAAUCAGCGCCAAUAUGCUGUGCCAUGCUGUUGGAAUCAUUGUUCAUAUAUUCAGAUCCAUGAUGGAAUAUAUAUGAUAAAAUAA